CUAAAACUUCGCCACUAAAUUGUCUCCUUGCGCUGGACCAGCACAGCAGCACCCGACAUCGCCACCUGCUGUCCUCCAUGCUGCUGCCGCUGACCAAUUAGCCCCCCGCCCGACUGCUGUGCCUAACUCAUCCAUACCCCUAACUCGGGCCAAUUUGCACCAGACUCAAACUGCAGUCAAAAUAACCGAGCAAUAUACUCUAGUCUAUAUCCCAUCACGCCCAUGGUCACUAACUCUGUUACAGCGCAUAUACCGUUCUACCCCUACUGCUCUUCCGUCGCCGUUUUUCCAGAGCACGUCUCACCACAAGCACCCUCGUUUCAAGUUUCAAUAAUGGCUCGACAUACAUUGCUCAAGCACAUAAAACGAGCAUGGCGCCUCCUGUCUUUCUCAUGGUACCCUUCAGUAUACUAUCCAAACAUCAAUCUUCCCUCCACCCAGGUACAUCAAAUUGCAAUCCACUAUCAGGUUCUCCGUCGUUUCGUUUCGUUAAUAUUUAUUACAUGUGUUGGGAUGUGUAGGUUACAUUUUUUUUUUUUGUUACUUAUGCCAAGUAAAGAACCAAAGGUACAGAAGGGAGGAGCCAGCACAUCCCACCCCACCCUUGCACCCAAGUCCUGUCAUUCUUUCUCUCUCUCUUUCACCUUCCGCCAUCGUACUUGUCUGUAUUGCAUCACAGCACUCCUUCAUAGCCUGCUACUCCAACUCCUUUAUAGCCUCAUCCUGUCGUUGAUACCACUCCACGCUGCCUUGCCUUAAUAGCCCGUCUCCACCUUGGCACCGAACAGCCUUAGGACCUCAAAGAUGGCUCCGCCGCACAUGACGAUGAGCAAGAGUCCGACCAUGUAAGGGCUCACAGGUGCCUUCUUGCCGACUUUUUUCUCGGAUUGGGACGAGGGCUUGACAUGGCCACGCUUAGUCACAUUCGCCUGGUACUUGGCUG